GAAGCGACUCUCUUAAAUACCUUAACUCAUCCCAUGUGCAUGUUGUACGACUCGAACUUAGAACUUCUUACUUCCAUUUAAAAAAGAUUACUACUGAACCACUUAAAUUAUUGACAAUGCUUGACCCUUCUUUCAUCCUUUGUUAUGCAUGCAUUGUGCAGGUCUUUCAGCCUUGGAUCCAGCAGAGACGAAUAGAUAAACUUGUGAUAUCGGGAAUCCUACAAAACUUGAAACAACGUGCUCUAGGAAGGCUACUGAGUGAUGAGGGGGAACCUGAUGUAGAUGUCAUAAAAAAGUUGUUCCAUGCAAUUGAUCAGAAUCAUGAUGGUUACCUUUCAGAUACUGAACUAAAAGCACUUGUUAUAGGAAUCCGGUUUGAGGAGAUAGACUUGGAUACAGAUGAUGUUGUAAAAAAGAUUAUUAAAGAUUUUGAUACCUCCAAUGACCACGUUAUUAGUGAGGCUGAGUUCAUAGCUGGUAUUUCAAAGUGGCUUAAUGAGGCAAAGCGAGUUGGGGGCUCGUCAACUGAUCCUGGGCCUCGAACAUCCAAGUUUAUACAAGAUUUUCAGCUGCAAACUAAGAGCGAACAUGACCCGUUGGUGUUGGGUGCUGAUGGGAAACAAAGUGAUAAGGUUAUUGGUGAUGUUGAAAAUCCUAGGUGGACCUCCUUCAAAGCAGUGCUAAUGCUGUUGCUGGGAACUCUUAUUGCUGCUGCAUUUGCUGAUCCACUGGUUGAUGCCGUUGAUGAUUUUUCAGAUGCAACAGGCAUUCCGACAUUCUUCAUCUCGUUUAUUGCAUUGCCAUUGGCUACAAACGCUAAUCUGGGUUCUCCGGCUUCUGAUCGUCUUUUCCGGCAUCCCCUUUUUUUGUGCUUGAAAGACUUGGGCUUCCGAGUUUUGCUGCUUGAGCCGCCGGGUUCUCCGGCUGCUCAAGCCCGAUGGAGCCGGUCUGUUCCCUGCUCCGCUGACCCCAUGAGGUCUCGCGGCUCCUUGCUCCCUCACGCAAAUCUACCGAGCUACACGCUGGAAUUCCCAGAUCUGGCGAUCGUCGCCCAAAUCUGGUCUUCGCCUGUUCAUCUUGGUUCUUCGCGAAACCCAGACGGGUUCCGCGAGGAACCCAACCCAGUGUUGGGUGGCGGAACCUAACCUGGUGCUAGGUUUCUUGAGGAACCCAGUUCCUUGAGGAACCCAAUUCCUUGAGGAACUUAGUUUUGGGUUCCUAGGUUUCGUGAGGAACCCAGAUCUGGGUUUCGUGAAGAACCUAGUUCUGGGUUCUUGGGUUCCUCGAAGAACGUAGGUUGUAGGUUUUGCUCUGUUUUUCUUGCUCUGUUUCUUUGGUUUCGAAUCGAGCCUGAAAAGGGAAAUGACAGAGAAACGAAGACGAAGAACACUGCCAUUGUUGGGGAACUCAACUAAAACUGGAAAAAGAAAACAAUUUUUUUUUU